GAGGUUUUCUAAUCGAUGCCAGCUGCUCAUCGAGUCCCCGAGGGUAGCCCUGUUGCUGCAUUUCUAUCUGAAUAUGCUUCUGACACUGAGGUAUAUGUUAGCCAUCUUGACACCACUGACGUGUCAAGCCGAAAGCAAGUCGCACGUUUGGGCUCGAAGACGAGAAGACUUAACAUACUUUCCAUCGCAGGAGGCACUUCCUUUUCAUGCUGGGUGCCAAUAUUGCAUGGUCUUUUCUGCUUGGCAAACGCAUAUACGGCGCUCUGCACCGCUACGGCAUCCUGUUCAUCCUUGGGAAAAUACUACCAAUACUCAAGGCCCCACCUCCUGUGGUGAACUGGCCUUUAGCAGGUCAACUGUGCAUGGACAUGUUUUUAUUGUCCGUCUUGCUGCCCUUGAUCAACAACUUCAUCACCAUCAUCAAACUGCGAUACCAUCAUGGAUUUCCAAAAUCUGAAAUUGUCUUCCGAAAACCUAGUUCAGCAACCGUUGCAGAUAUUGUUUCUCAGCCUCCGGACAAAAGGGAUUCAUACAUGAAUGAAGUUCUGCGUCGUGCCGUUGAUCCCGAGGAAUUCAAACAACCAACUUGGGGUAUGCCCUGGGAAGAGUGGACCGUAGACUUCCGGGCGAUGGCAGUUGCGUACGAGGCGGAGAAGAAGGGUUUGAUUUCUAGAGAUGCAUGGGAGCUAAGCGUAUGGAUGAAGAUGAAGGAAGGCUGGACCGUAAUUGAGCACGGGAAAGUCAGUGACCCCUUAAGCCAAGUUGGUGUGAUGGAAAAGCUUCAACGUAAACUCACUGCCAUGGGCAAACGACACGUGUUUACUCAGAUGAUGGAAGUUAUUCAGGUCAAGACUGUCGCGAAAGACGGAACUGCGCUGCCUGUCACCGAGGAAGUGGACACAAUUAUUGCGGACAUUUUUCGCCGGAAUGAGGUGGAUUUUGCGCAGUUGACAAGCGAACUAGCCACAGAAUCUCCCCGUUUUGCAGCUAACUCGUCAAAGAAAACGAAGUAGACGUGUCACAUUCUGAGUAUCUAGUACGUGGUACUCAACUAACUAGCUGGACAUCUUGAAAUUGAAUACCCGUGUAGGUCACGGGUGCAUCGGAAUUACCACGAGAAGUAGAAUUAUCUCUGUUUCUUCGCUUAUCACCGGUUGAGUGGCGGUUUCCUCAGCACGUUGGUAUCGAG